UUUAUAAAUCUUUCGAUUCAAUGUUAAUUAACUUUAACUUCCGAUCAUUGUCCAACACUUUUGUGGUCGCCUAAAAACGGACUAUAGUUUUCUACGAAUGUAAAAGGUUGUACAAAUCAGGGCUAUUUUAAAGGAAACACUGUGCCGCAUAUACAAAUUUAUACAAUUCGGUGCUAAUAUUUUUAUAAACAAAAACUAAAACAGUGAAGAGGACAUAUACAUAUAAAAAAAACCGCAUACAAAAUACACACAAUAAUAAAAAGUGAUUCGUCAAGGCCACUCGUUCGAACGAAUUGUAUACCCGCUAAUUGAAUUAAGCCAAGCAUUACUUCAGAUUUUCAUACACAUAACCACUGCCGUUUCCGGAAUAAAAUUGACAAAAAAAAAAAAUGGAGCCACAUCUUCUACAGCAACUCAUCAACGCAGCUGAGAAGGCAGCCAAUAUUGCGCGUGUCUGCCGUUCCAAUGAAGCUCUGCUUAAGUUGUUGGUGCAGGAAAAAACUGGACCGGAUGCGAAUGCCCGCUUUGAACACGAUUUUAAAACCCUCGCUGAUGUGCUAAUUCAAGAAACUAUCAAACACGAUAUUUGUGAGUUGUUUCCUGCCAUGCGGGAAGGCAUUAAAGGUGAAGAGUCGCCAAACUUCACCAAUGUAGAGGGAGAGUCAGUGACUAUUGUAGUGGGCGAAACGGCAGAGGAAACAGCGCAGUGUCUGGCAGCGAUACUAAAUGCUGAAGCAGCGGAAAUACUUGCUAGUGAAGUACAUCGCGAUGUAGCAUACGAAGAAGAGGUUCUUGGCGAAAUACCAGCACUGCCAGCAGACCUAGAUUAUAGCAAUUUGGGUAUUUGGAUAGAUCCAAUUGAUGGCACUGCUGAGUAUAUUUCAGGGGAUACCAUUUUCACAGACUUCCCAGGUAUAACUUCAACCGGCUUAGACUGUGUAACCGUGCUGGUUGGCGUGUACGAUCGCACGACUGGUGAGCCUGUUAUAGGAGUUGUAUCGCAGCCCUUCCAUAAUAAAUUAGACGAAAAUGUAUAUCGUUCGCUAGUGUUUUGGGGUAUUUGUUUACCGGAAUUGCAUGCGAACAAUUGUCAAUUUGAGCGACCAACGCGUGACAAUCGGUUAGGCAUAUUCUCCAGCUCUGAGAAUGGUGAUAUUCUUCAACGCAUCAUGGAUUUAGGCUAUGAGUUCGCAUUUGCCGCUGGCGCUGGUCAUAAAGCAGUAAAAGUGAUCACCUGGGAAGUAGAUUUGUAUUUGCUGAGUAAGGGUUCCACAUUCAAAUGGGACACUUGCGCACCACAAGCUAUAUUGCGAUCUUUAGGCGGUAAUAUUUUUAGUUAUCGCGCAAGCAUCAACGAAUGCAAACCAAUAGCAUUAAGCUAUCUGGAGGAGGGCGAGGAAAUUGAAAACCUUAAAUGCAAUAAAGAUGGUUUGAUUGCCGUGCGUGAUGUUAGCUUAAUCGACGAAUUGUUGGCAAAAUUUAAGUAAUAAGGGGAAGAGUUUAAAAUAUAUUAAAUACAUACAUACAUAUAUGUAUGAGGUUAACAAGAUUUUGAAGGAGGUAAGGAGAAGCUAAAAUUCUCAAAUACGUUAUCAUGUUUUAAUUCACUUUCGCCUUGUACUCCAAUAUAAAUGCAUUUCGGUAAGACUAUUUUGUAAUUAGUUUUAAAAUUUUCUAGUACAUACAACCUAUGUACUCUGUGGCGUCGUAUAUGGAGGUUAUGUUAAACAUUACGAUUUAAGUAAUAAGUGCAAUCUUAAACAUGAAUUUUAGCUGCUUAAUGUGAGGUGGUUGUUAUCGAGCUUGCUUGUGUUUAUUUUUUGUAAGCUGUUAGACUAUAACAUACAUAGUUCAGUAUGUUUAUUUAACCAACUUUUUAAUGAAGUAUGCAUGUAUCUAUUAUGGCUGAUGUUCAAGAGUUUUUGAACAGUAAAUAUACUACCCUGACCACUUUUAGUGCAUACAUGCCACACUUUAAGUUCAGAAAUAUUUCAAAAAGCAUGGGUGGUAUAUACUUAGCAAAUAUUAAAUUCAUAGCAGACAAUUGAAAGUAUUUGUAUCUUCCAACGUGGAACCACGAUUCUUCCACUUUUAAUUGAUCUUAGAAAAGUACUCGAAUAUCAAUAUUUUUAGCAAUUAAGCACUUUGCCCACAAUAGCCCAA